AUGCAAGAUAGGUUUGUGUUUCCCAGAGAAGAAAAAAAUAGAUUAGGAAAAAAUGUUCAGAUUAAAACUGAAUAUAUGGAUGAGAGUAAAAUAAAGAAUACGGUUGAAACAGCAUUAAAAGAUGUAUUGUUACAAUGUGACAUGCUGGGCUUACCAUAUAGUUACGAGUCUUGGAGUGAAAUUCAAAUAAAAUUUCAAGAUUCUAAACAGCUUGAGGAGCAACUUGAAAUGAACGAAGAAGAACUACCAAUCGUAGAAAUAAGCACCGAGGUGAAUAUAUACGAAAAGGAAGUUCUUAGUAAUGAGGCCCAUAUGUAUGAGAUGCGAGAUGAAGUGGUUCAGGAAGAUGAAACCUCUGAUGAAACCUUGGAUGAAAAAGAUCUAGAAUUAAACGAUGAAACCGAAGAUGAAACUGAUUUUUGUGAGGAAUUCGGUGAGCAAAUGGUUGAAGACGACAAUAAAGCUUUACCUGAAAUCGAAAUAAGAAAAUUUUAUGCUACAUUUUAUGACAACAAAUGGUACAUAGGAAAAGUACUGAAAGUCAUUAAAGAAAACGUAUAUUCCAUGCAAUUUUUAGAAGAAAGCAAAGAAGAUGGCUCUUUCAACUGGCACAAAGCUAGUGACCUAGAUGAGAAUGUAAGCAAAGAAUACAUAUUUUUUGGACCAAUUAAUUUUAUAGGCAAUACUCCUUACACAUUAAAAAGAUCAGUAAAAGCAUCCAUAACCAAACAAUACAAUAAACAAAGGUUUUUAUAA